GAGCCUUGGCUCUAUACAAUGCCAAAAAAUCAAAACUUGCAUAAUUUAAAUGCCACAAAGGAUAAAAGACUGGUGCUCGUUGACAAAAAAUUGUUGGACGGAAGCUCAGUCAUGCAUGGGGAUCGUUUGCAGGAAAUGAGAGAGAGAAAGUUGUUUUAUUCACAGGUCUAGAGAGAGAGCAUCUGUCCUCCCCAAAUUACCUACUGCCAUUUUCUUUUUCUUCAGAUUCGUCUUAGCCCCAGAAAGUUUCCUUUUCAAUUGUUAUUGAUUAUUAUUCUUGACACCUUUUAAUUCCUUUUCCCACUUAUUAAUUCUGUGUGCGCCUUUUCCCUCGCUUGUUGGUUUUGCAGAGUGAACUUGUAAUGGGGUUUCUAACCCUCACCUGAUCUUCAGUUCCAUAGAGUAUUGGAUGGGCUGAAAUAUUCUCUGAAAAAUCCUCAUCCCGAAUUUCUAAUGAAUUGACUCCUUUCAUUUUGGAGUUAAUCUGUACUGAAACUCUUUCUCUUUCUGUUUUUCUUUCUUUCGUUCAUCGUCAGUGUCUCUGAGAGACUCUUUUCGAUCUCCCCCAUUUUUGCAUUUCUCGAUCCAAUUCUCUCUCUCUCUUUCUUUCCGGAGCUUCUCUCUCGCCCAAAAUUUGUUUAUCUCCACCAAUUCUCUCUCUCUCGGUAUAUAUCGAACCUUCUCUUUCUCUCACAUCCAAUUUCAUAAUUCUCCAUUAAUGAGCAUUGCCUGAAACAAGGGAGAUGGAUGAUGGAGAGGUGGAACUCUCUUCGGAGCAUGUAUUCCUCUGUAACUCCGAUGAUUACCCCAUGGAAUCAAUGCUGGAUGCCCUUAUGUCGAAGAGUAAGAAGAAGAAUAUGAGUGAAAAGAAUAGGAUUACUAAGGACUCUUCGGCUCGAACCUGCACCCACACCCACACCUGCAAUCCCCCUGGGCCUGACUCCACCCAUACCCACACCUGUUACCACACCCACACAACACAACUGUUUUCACCCAAUGAAGAGCCCUCUAAUUCUCCUUCUAAACCCAAUAAAACUUCAGGAAACAGAGAGGCUGUGAGAAAGUAUAGAGAGAAGAAGAAGGCCCACACUGCUUAUUUGGAAGAGGAGGUGAAGAAGCUUAGAGCUCUGAAUCAGCAGCUUCUGAGGACGUUGCAGGGUCAGGCCAUGCUUGAGGCUGAAGUGGUGAGGUUGAGAACGAUAUUGAUGGAUCUUCGAGGGAAGAUUGAUGGAGAAUUGGGGGUCUCUCCAUUUCAAAGGGCCUCGACAAUUUGUGGAAGUGGGUUCAAAGAAGGGAAUUGUAGUCUAGGAUCCAUUCAUGGAGUUGGUGAGGUGGGAUUGAAUCUUGUUGGGUGUGGUGAUGAUGUGCCCCCAUGUCUUCAUCCUCAAGGUAAGGUCAUGGAAAAUUGUGAGCCCCCUAUUAUUAGUUGUCAGCUCGCGAAUUCAGACAUAGCAUCUCGCGCUUUUUCCUCUGCUGAAACUCAGCUUGAUUCUCUCAUACCAGCCAAUGAAAUGGGUAUUUCAGGGAGUUUGGUGGCUUCAAUUUCUCAGGCUGAAUGAUUUUGCUUGGUCUCAUAUUGGGCAAGAGUAUAUUCCUUUUGUAACUCACUUGGAGGCCGAAGGUUGCUCUUCUUCUGCUGCCUCUAUUUUUGGCAUAUGGGACUCAGGGAUAAUGAUAAAAAAGCUACUCCUAGUAUUGGGGUAAUGGCCCUAUGUCCCUUUCUUCAUCCUUAAGUGUCGUAUAUCUGGAAAAAGAAAAAAAGAAAAAGAAAAAAGAAAGUAAAAGGAAUCCCAACACUUGUAGUCUUUGCUCGGGUUUUAAAGACGAGUUUAGGUUUUGUUGUUUUUUUUUUUUUGGGUUCCACUUUGGGAAUACCUUUGUUCAGUGAAUCAAUCCAUCUUCUUCUGUGUAAUUAUUGAGUGCUUGAGGCGCUCAGUUUGUAAAAUAUAUGGUAGCUUGUGUCUGGGAA